AUGGAGACUGUCGGAGGUCAUCUGUCUCGUUCUAAGGAGCAUAUAGAUGAACAGUUGCUUAGAGAGGCUCAAGCCAAUAAAGGAUUCCUGCUCGCAUUGGACAAGGGAAUGACACCUGCUGAAUACCCUGGCAGAUACCUUUCCCCUCUUCAAGACUUUCCAGAAUGGACAAAGGACCUGAUAAAACUUGAACCGAUGGCAGAAGACGUUACAGACACCCAUGUUACCACUGUAGACCCCAAGACGCUUUGUCCCUUCUGCGACCAAGUGUUGCCCCGCGGUACUCCUUCCGAAGCUCAGCUGGCAGUCUGGGAAGAGGUUAUACCCUUUUCAACCCUGGAACCCAACGACGUCAACCCUCUGCAUUGUGAGGUCUCCACGCUGAAACAGGCCAAAGCCUGCGGGGUGCAUUUGAGGGAGAUCGAGUUUGUCCUAGUGGAAACGCAAGGCUGGCCUCUGAAAGUGGACUGGAACUGCUUUGAGGAACGUGUUAAAGAGUUGUCCGAGUCGGCUCCCAUGCUGCGAUUCAUAGAAAACGACCGUCCACAGCUGUACCAGUUUGCUCAACCAGGAUACUAUGGUCAACGUGGUAUACAAAUAAUUUCGAAUGUGAUGAGGAAAUUACUCCAAGAACUCCAGAACUCCACGGUCAACAUGUGGAAGUUUGAUGAGCCAGAUUUUGUGAAUUUUGUACUGGUGCCUGAGGUAGGAUGGAGACUAAUUAUGCAGGAUAUGGCCCAGAAAAGUGCUCGGGACGAAGAGUUGGGUGAAAGGGCAUGGGAGACCAUGGUAGAGAGUGCAAGAUAUGGUACUUUUGCAUUUGCUUGGGAUGACGGAGAGGACGGUGUGCAUGAUGAUCUGUAG